GUGGGUUGUGUGUAUGUGCGAGUGAGUGUGUGUGUGUGUGCGUGUGUGCAAGUACUCGGUGGUGGCUUUGGCGGAGAUGUUUUGGUUGUGAUGCUCCUCAUUUUACCUCCUCCGCCGCUAUUCCCGUGAGGCACGGCACACAACAACCGUGAUGUAGCCCACACAACAACCACCACAACCACCACCACCACCACCACAACCAGACCCGUCCCUCAAGACAAACCCAAUACAGACCCAGCCGCCACCACCACCACCACCAGUCACCCACGCCGCCACCACCACCACCACCACAAUCAUGUCGGAGUACUGCCUGCGCUGGAACAACCAUCGGCCUAACCUGGUGACGGUGUUCUCGGAAUUGCUCACCUCGGAGGCCCUGGUUGACGUGACGCUGGCCACCGACGGACACUACAUCCACGCCCACAAGCUGGUGCUGUCCGCGUGCAGUGUAUACUUCAAGGACCUGUUUGGCGCCAACCCCUGCAAGCAUCCUAUAGUCAUCCUGAAGGACAUUCGCAUCGAGGACCUCAAGACUGUGAUUGACUUCAUCUACCGCGGCGAGGUCAAUGUGGCCCAGGACAGGCUGCAGGACGUGCUCAGGACGGCGGAGUCCCUGCGUAUCAAGGGCCUGGCGGAGAACCCUCGGGGCUACGAUGAUAUGUCUAGUCACAGCACACGCUUCCUGGGGGCUCGUGAGGCCACCCGUCAGAGGUCCUCACUGACGGACUCCCGGGAACAGUCCUUGUCCCUGGAGGGGGAGGAGGAAGGGGGGGAGCCUGCCACGCCCCCCUCCAACAAGAGAAGGAAGAUCACCCCCUCCCACGAUAGCUCAGAGAGUGUGCAGGAGGAGGGUGAGAGCGAGGAGAGAGGAGGAGGCAGUGCAGGGGGAGGAGGCCCAGCAGGAGGAGGAGGAGGAGGAGGAGGCAGCAGGGAGGUGAAGGAUGAGCCGCUGGAUGAGCAAGACGGAGACAGGCCAUCCAGGGAGAGCAGCGAGCAGGACACAGCCAGCAUGGGUGGUAGCCAGGAGAGCGGAGGGCCAGCGGAUGACACCAGCACCACAGCCACAACCGCCCCAGCCGGCACCAGCGCCACCGACCAGUCACUGCCCCCACACUCCCAGGGCCGCAACAAGCGCGGGGUGUUGCAGCGGCAGCAGGGCAUCAUCCGCGAUGGUGGCGGCGGCGGCGGCGUGGUGGUGGAGGAGAAGGGCUUGGUCGAGGUGAAGGGCGAAUCCAAGGCAGAGUUGGGCCUGGGCCUAGGCCUGAGCGUGCCCUGCAGCGUGGGGGAGCUGAUCGUGCCGGACACGGUGGUGGUGACGGGCGGCACGGUGACGCUGACCACCGCGCCGCCCGCGGCCACGCUGCUACAGGUGCCGACCACGCUGAUGGUGGCGGGGCGCGAGGCGGGCCUGGCGGGGCUGCCUAAGCAGCACUCCCACCCCACGCCCCUGCUGCACCCCGCCACGCCUCCAGCCAUGGCCAAGCAGCUCUCGCAUCCCGAGGCGCGCGGCCCCCCCACUCACGUGGGGCCCCCCGCCAUAGCCCGCCAGCGCUCGCACCCCUCCGUGCUGACGCACACCCCGCCACCCCCGGCCCUGGAGCGGCUGGCCCCCCAGAGCACACACGCCACGGCGGCCACGGGCGGGGGCGCCGCUCCGCCCUCCGGCCAGCAUCUGCAGGUCAUCCCCUACCCCGUGUUGUUGAAACAGCAGCGGUCGGCCCCCGGGGGCGGCGCACCCAGCGCCGCCGCCACGCUGCGUCCCAUCCAGCCCAAGCCGCUUAGCACCGCCGCUGAGGCCGCCACCCUGGAGGUGCCGGUCAAGAAGGAUCUGCCGCUCAUCCGUCUCACGCCCUCUGAGGACAGCGGCGGCACCUGCGGCGGCGGGUACGGAGGCGGCGGGCCGCGCUCCCUGCCGCGCGCCGCCAGCGAGGAGCCGGCCCUGACGCGGCACCCCGCCGAGCACACGCAGGAGCUGCUGUCGGCGGGCGCCUCGGUGCUGGUGCAGAGCGUGUCACAGGACUCGGGUCUGGAGGCGGGGCCGCCAGCGUCGGCCUCGGCGGCGGCGGCUGCGGCGGCCACGGCGCGGCUGAGCCCCGGCGCGCCCCUCUCGGCCCUGACUCUGGGCGGGGCGGGCGUGCGCGCCGCCUCGUCCCCCGGCCACUGUCCGGUGCUGCGCGGCGGCCCCGCGCUGGGCUGCAACUUCUGCUGGAACAGCACGGACCCGCAGGGCCGUGUGCUGCGCCGCAAGACCAAGUACCACUGCCCGGAGUGCCGCACCAACCUGUGCAUCGUGCCGUGCUUCCACGAGUACCACCGCCAGAUAGAGCGCGCCCAGGACGCCGACAAGCAGAUCAGCAAGAUACUCACCAAGACGGGAUCCCUCUAGGCGGCCCCCCCGCCCCCCCUCACCCCGGCACACAGGGGCACCCCGUCCUUCACCAAGCAAUACUGAGCCGUGUGUGCGUGUGUGUGUACGCCUUCUGUGUGCACCUCUCACCCCGUGUGCGUGAACUGACCAUGUGCACCUCAUAGAAAGACUCGUAUGUGCACCUCUCUAGAUGUCUUCACCCGCGUACACACACACACACACACACACACACACAGGGGAGUCGCCAGUGUGUGUGUACAUAACAAACACUUACACGCGUCCACAUGAACGUUUCAGGCGCCGUGUGUGCGUAUUUCCAAGUGAACGCCGCGUGUGCACAUAAACUGACUGGAUUGUGUACGUCAAGUGGCGUGUAGGUAUCGCUAAGAACAGCCUUGUGUGUACGUAUAGGUAAGGAAAAGCCGCUGUGUACGUAUGUACGUAUGUGUGUAUGUUUUGUAAGCUGUUCCUCAUUGUCUUGCUUGGUUCAGUCACUGUGUGUGUGUGUGUGUGUGUGUGCUUCUCUGAUCAUUAGUUAUUAUUAUUAUUAAUAUUUUCAUCAGAGAGAGAGAGAGAGAGAGAGAGAGAGAGAGAGAGAGAGAGAG